GAGUGACCCGACCCGAGUAAGUAGACCAUUUCCGAAGCAAUGUCCCACCGCCCAAAUCUGAUAUGAACAGUGGAUUUUACUUUAACAAUUCCAUGGUUUUUCUUUGAAGCUCCAAAUCCAAUGGCAACCGUUCGAUCAAACUCGAUUACCGUCUUCUUCGUGGCAUUCAUUAUCCUCACAACAGCACCAUCUCCUUCCCAAUCCCUCUCUUUCUCCUCUUACUUCCGUUACCGAAACCUCUUCUCCCUCUCGCACUCCCUCCUCAUCGGCGUCGCCAACCUCCGCGCCGCACGCGGCGACGUCGCCGGCGCCGAUCGAGCCAGAUCCAUCGCCGACGGCCUCGAUCAGGGAACCGUCUUCGGCUUCUUGAAGCUCCUCUGGACAUUGUCGUGGACGGAUAUGUCCUUCACGGACCUCUACGGCGCUGUUUCCGACAUGAACGAGUUGCUGCGGGGCUUGACUGAGUUGACUCGCUUGGAAUCGGUCGCGGAAAGGUCCGCUUGGGUUUCCCGAAAUUACCAAAGUGUCCUCACCGUCUUUAAGUCCCUCUCCAGAAAGCUCCUCAAAGCGCUUGGCCAGUCGCAUUAUGGAAUGACAGGGAGUGAUGAGGGAAAUAGGGGAGACGUUUCAGAAAGAGGUGGUGGAAGGUGGAUUAAUCAGGGAUUGCCUUGAAUUGGGUAACAAUGAUCUAAAGGCUUUGAUUCAGAUUGUCAAGGAUUUGUUGUUGCAAUUCUUUCCUGUUCGUGAUAAAGACCAUGAUCUAUAGUUAGGAAUGUGAAACAAUUUUGGACCACACUGAGGUUUUUUUAAGGAUUAUAACUGCUUCAUUUGCUUAUAAGUGACCAAAUUCAAUUUCUUUGUUUGCUUUUUCAGUUUGUUUUUCUUGGAAUACUAUAUUUCAGCAUGAAUUAACGGUUAAAUUUACUGUUAUAACCAUUGAACGAGGAAAUUCUGAACAUGAAGUGUUGGUUAUAAAGUUUGUCUGAGAGAAGCUUAGAUAUGAAUUUCAUUCAAUUGGAUAAAGCUUACAGCAGAAUCUUUAGCUUCA